AUGGCACAGACCAGAGCUUCGGCACACCUGAGACCGCCACAGCCCGCGGCGCCGGGAGGCAGCACUGCGGCCGCUGCACCGGGACCUACCGGCACAGCUAGGCGAAACCGGUCCGGAGGGGUGUCCCGGAGACCAGGCGUGGCGGUACUCGGCGCAUGCGCCUGGUCGCUGCCGCCCGGGAGCCGCGAAAGGGUUGAUGGGAAAUGUAGUUCUGGACGGGGGCGCCCCUCACACUGGCUCUCACCCCGUGGGGCGGCAAAUCUUGCAUGUGACCCAGGGCCAGCUAAACUGGUCCUUAGACGCGUGCCUCUGCGUCUCUCACUUCCUCUCUUUGUUGGAAGGGGAGGGACGGAGAAGAGGAGUGGAAAGUGGAACAAAGGUGGACCCGAAGACCACAUCUUCCUCUCCUCCCACUGCCUGAAACAGCUGUUGUGUGGGGGCCCUCAGCUCCUCAGUUGUGAAGCAGAUAGAGGCUGCUUGUUGUGCCUUGGUGAAUGCUGCUCUGUGUCCCUUGCAGCUGCAGCUUGUACAGAGUUUUAUGGACGAGGAGCCCCUUACAAUGCCUUGACCGGGAAGGACUCCACUAGAGGGGUAGCCAAGAUGUCCUUGGAUCCUGCAGACCUCACCCAUGACACUACGGGUCUCACAGCCAAGGAACUGGAGGCCCUGGAUGAGGUCUUCACCAAAGUGUACAAAGCCAAAUACCCCAUCGUUGGCUACACAGCCCGGAGAAUUCUCAAUGAGGAUGGCAGCCCUAACCUGGACUUCAAGCCUGAAGACCAGCCCCAUUUCGACAUCAAGGACGAGUUCUGAUGUUCCACCUGCAGGAGCAGGUUCUUGGAAGAAUGAGGCAGGAAGACACUAGGUGCUGAAUCUCCUGCAAAACGGGCUGCCUGGAGCCCCUGAGCCACACAGAUCCGAAUAAAACAGAUGCUUACCCUGGAAGAGCAAAUGCCUCCCGUUGUCCUUGGUCAGGGGUUCUGUCUACCUGGGGACCCCUGUCCGCACACCAGGAGCCAAUAAGGGCCAAAGUGGGACACCUCCUAGACAUCAGUGUCAGCUGGCUGGGCAGUGGGAUUUUGAGCGACCUUUAUACUUUUCUGUACUUGCCAAAUUUUCAGCUGUGACCAUGUUCAUUUUAUAAUCAAAACAAAAAUAAACAUUCUCCAUUUUUACAAAAGGA